UGAGCGCUCCUCCUCUUCCCACGCUUAAAUCCCUUCUAUCCGAUAAUACCGCGGCACUCGCUCAUCUACUCACAAGUACCAGCUGCAGUCAGACAACACGCCGAAGUUCCGUGUGGUGCAGGAGCUCCGGGUCUGGGAUCCGUUUUGAUUGACUUUAACUGAAGUGAGAAGUGAGAGACACAGAGAAGCUGCUCAGGUCAUGGCGUCCUCUGACGACAGUGAAGGGUCUCUGACGCCUGUGGAUUUUAUCCAACUGCAGAAGUACAUGGAAUACAGCAGUUUGAGGGUGAAAGAUGUGAUUAAGGAGUUUCAGCCCGGAGGUCGUCACGCCCAGCACAGCUUUGGAGAGGGUGUUGAUGCUGCGGGUUUCCGUGUCUUUCUGAAGACCUACCUGGAGGGGGAGGAUUUUUCUGACGAUUUCUGCCGACGUCUUUUCCACUAUUUUCAACAUGUAGAGCAGGAAGGAAAAACAAAGAGCACGCUGCCCAAAAAUGGAAGGGUGUUUCUCCGCGAUGUCUCCUGUUACUUCUCAGUGCUGGAGGAAGGACAACCUCGAGAUAAGCUUGAGUUUACUUUCAAACUUUACGACAAAGACAUGAAUGGAGUCUUGGACAGUUCUGAAGUGGACCGUAUAAUUACCCAGAUGAUGCGAGCUGCCAAUUACCUUGGCUGGGACGUGACGGAGCUCAGACCAGUGCUGAAAGACAUGAUGACAGCCAUCGAUGCAGACAGCAACGGGACAGUCACACUGGAGGAAUGGGUGAAGGGAGGCAUGAACAAUGUGCCUCUACUGGUUCUGCUUGGACUGAAGGUGCCAGAGAAGGAUGGGCAGCACAUCUGGAGGAUGAAGGACUUUAAAAAGCCGACUUACUGCGGCGUGUGUCAGAACAUGCUGCUCGGCCUCAGAAAGCAGGGCCUCAGCUGCACCUGUUGCAAGUACACUGUGCACAGUCAGUGUGCCAACAAGAACCCUGAGCCCUGUGCCAGUACCUUUGUCAAGUCAAAGAAGAGCAUUGGUGUAAAAGCUCACGACUGGAUCAGAGCUGACUGUAAAUCUUCCAAGUGUCAGAUCUGCCAUAAGAAGAUCAAAAAUCUAGCAGGGAGGCGUUGUGUGUGGUGCGAGGAGGUGCGCCAUAAUGAGUGUCUUCUCUCUGGCUCACCAUCCUGUGACUGUGGGCCUCUGAAAGAUCAUAUUCUGCCUCCAUGGGCCAUAUAUUCUGUCUCAAAGGAGGAGGACACCAGCCUGUUAAAUGUGACUCCUGACGGCCAAGUCCUGCAGAUAGCCCCAGUUCCUAAUGCUCAUCCUUUGUUGGUGUUUGUAAACCCGAAGAGUGGAGGAAAGCAGGGUGAAAAAGUGCUCAGGAAAUUUCAGUACUUGCUGAAUCCGCGCCAAGUGUACAACCUGUCCAAUGGAGGACCUGGACCAGGGCUGCAACUCCUCCGCAACCUGCGUGAUUACAGGAUCUUGGUGUGUGGAGGAGACGGCACGGUUGGCUGGCUCCUUGAUGCUAUAGACAAAGUGGACCUGCAGGUGCCUCCCGCAGUAGCUGUCCUGCCUCUGGGUACUGGGAAUGACAUGGCUCGCUGUCUUCGCUGGGGAGGAGGCUACGAGGGCUCAGAUCUGAGAGAGAUCCUGAAGGAGAUUGAAGCCAGUAAGAUUACUCCACUGGAUCGCUGGAGCAUCCAGGUGAUACCAGACGACCCUCAGGAGGCAGGAGACCCUGUACCAUACGAGAUCAUCAACAACUACUUCUCUAUUGGAGUGGAUGCCUCUAUUGCUCAUCGUUUCCACUCCAUGAGAGAGAAACACCCCCAGAGAUUCAAUAGCAGAAUGAAGAACAAACUUCGCUAUUUUGAGUUUGCCACUUCUGAGACCAUUUCUGCCUCCUACAAAAGGCUGAAGGAGUGUCUCAUGAUUGAGUGCGGUGGGAAAGUUCUGGACUUUGGCAACACAGCUCUGGAAGGAAUAGCUGUCCUCAACAUACCCAGCAUGCACGGAGGAUCCAACCUCUGGGGCGAGUCUAAGAAGCCUGAGGGUGCGCCCGAAGUAGAGCCCAGUGAGGUUAUCACUGAUCCUGAACUUCUUAAGUUAGUCUCACAAGACAUGAGCGAUAAGCGUUUGGAGGUGGUGGGGCUGGAAGGAGCCAUAGAGAUGGGACAAAUCUACACUGGACUGAAGAGUGCUGGACACAGACUGGCCCAGACGUCUCAAAUCACCAUCAGGACAAUCAAAGCCCUGCCUAUGCAGAUUGAUGGGGAACCGUGGAUGCAGCCUCCCUGUACUAUCUACAUAACUCACAAGAACCAAGCCAACAUGCUCACGGCUGCAGCAACCAAACCAUCGUCCUUCUUUCACCACAAGUAGAGAAACCGUUUCGCUGCGUCAUCCAGUCAGCAGCGAGACAGCUGACAUGUCAUUGUUCUAUAUGAAUUAAAAUAAACUUUGUUUAUAUAGCACUGCUUUACAAGAUGGAACAUUAUGAAAACUAUUAAAACAAUUAAAAUAAGCUGAAACAAACACAAUAACGUAAAAUAAUGAUAAAACAUUGUAGUAAAUAUAAUUAUCAUGAGAAUGCCACUCGUCUUAUAAGACGAUCAAACUUAUAAAAGGACAUUUAUAAAAACAUUUUUGAAUGAUUUGAAAGUGGCUGCAUUAAAAGAGGAAGGAUGCAGGAUAAGUGUUGUAUGGGGAUGGCUACUGCUAAGCGUGUAGUUAUGUGUUUUUUAUUAUUAAUUAUUCAUGUGUUUGUGUCUGUGAUGUCAUUCUGAUCUAUUUUAAAGUAUGGACAGCUUGCAUGUAAGCAGUGAGCACAGUGACUGACUAACACUAAUGUGCAAACUUGACUCCUCAGUCUGAUUAUGUGCCAACUAAAAACAAAUGCAUCCAUCUGUUUUGUGUUUGUACAUAAAAUAAUAACAGAGUUUAUAUGGAUACAGUGAACUACAAUAUAUGGACUAGGAAUAUAAACUUGUUUCACGUUGCAAUAGCGUUGUCUUGCUUUUCUUGUGACGUUUCAUCUGUACUUCCUAAUGCAGCUUGUGAUGAGUGUUUUGA